AUGAUAUAUCCUGAUAAAAUGAAGAAGAUGAAAGUUUCACGUACUGCUCAUGUAUUUAGUCAACGAGUUGGUGCUAUUCUGAAAAAGAUGGACAUCUAUAUCGAGUUCAAAUCACCAGAAGAUACCGGGCAUCUAUGUUUGUUCAUUGAUAAUCUGUUUGAUAGCGCUAAUGGAAACACUAUCAAACCAUCUGUUGGAAAUUGUUGGACAUGA